AUGUCUUCAGCAAAACCCCUUCUCGUCGUUCUAGGAGCAACUGGUACCCAAGGCGGGUCGGUGCUCGCACACUUUCUAUCAAUGUCACCUUCUCCCUACGCACUCCGUGGUGUUACUCGGGACCCAUCGUCGCCCAAAGCUUCUAAGCUGGCUGAACAAGGAGUGGACAUGGUCGCCGGUGAUUUUGACGACCCCGCGUCCCUAGCGGUUGCUUUCAAAGGUGCAUCCACCAUCUUCAGUGUCACCGAUUACUGGAACCCCAUGGCCGAUGUAACUCAGCACCAGAAGGCAGCCGCUGCUGGACAAAAGAUUGGACUCUAUAUCCGGGAGUACGAGACUCAACAGAACAAGAACAUUAUUGAUGCCGCAGCUCAAGUCGCCGGUCUUGAAAGAUUUAUCUUUUCUAGCCUUCCAGACACGAACAAAUUAAGUGGUGGCAAGUAUACACACGUCUACCAGUUUGAUUCCAAGGGGAGAGCAGAGGAGUACGGCAGAGUGACUUAUCCGAACCUCUGGGAGAAGACGAGCGUAUUUUAUGCUCCCUUUUAUCUUGAGAACUAUUUUGGACCGCUAGGCGCAUUAUUUCGACCAAAAUUAAACAAGAGCUCAGGGCGUCUUACCAUUGCCCUUACAGAGCCCCUAGCUAGCACCCCUUUGCCAUGGUACUCGGCUGCUGAGAACACUGGCCAACUAGUGCAUGCUUUACUUCAAGUGGCGCCAGGGAAGAAACUGAUUGGUGCUCGCGAGAUCCUUACCCCACGACGGCUUGCUGUGCUCUUUGGAGAGGCGCUGGGAAAGGAUGUUGACUUUGUUGAUUCUGCCCCAAGCCAGGACUUGGGCGAUCCUGAACUCUCAAAGGGUUUGUUCGAUAUGGUCGGGUGGUGCGCUGAGUUUGGGUACGAUGGCGCCAAGGUCGAUGGGAGCGUGAUGAAGCCAGAAGAUCUAGGAGUGCCGUUGACAAUGGGGUCAGUGAAAAAGUGGUUUGAGGACCAAGAGUGGGAGCAAGUAUUCCUGUCGGAUUGA